GAGAUAAAGAAGGGUGGAAACUGCAGGGCAGGCACAUCAUUGGCGCCGCGCAUGCUCAGAUGUGGCGUAUUUGCGACUGCAGAUGUCGCUCGUGCUGUUCCGCACGCGACGCUCCGUCGUUAUAGACAGCCGAGUUGAGCACUGAUCGUAUAGUUUCCUACGAUUAAGUGCGAACUUUAUGGCUUUGGUGCCUUGCACACGCUAAACUGAACUUAGUGUAAACUUUCUUCGAAUUUAAAGCUUCCUUGUAAGUAUAUAGUACCGGAUUCGGACGUCACCGGUCAAUUUAAUUGUCGCUUUUAGCGCGCUAUCAGUACAUGCUGUAUCAGCGAGAAAGGAAGGUGCGCUACGAAAAGAAAGGCCGUGGAAUACGAAGCAGUGUGAUAGCUAGAAAGCACUUAGGUCACGGCGAAGCUGGCGAGCGGCGCAUUGUAUAUGUAGACGCGCCGAGUGUCUGGUCAGUCGCGCGAGGCCGAUUGCGCAUAUCCUUUGCCAAGACGACGACGGUGACGACUACGCUGCCUUCUAGCCGUCCACGUUCCUCAGGCUUCCAGGACACCGGCGUCUGUCCGCGAUGGCAUCGCGGAGCUCCUCGAAGACGUCUCGUAGGUCGUCGCGUUCGAGGUAUCCGCACGCCUACUUCAGGAAGCAACCGUUUUACGAUGUCGUGGCCACGCUCUUACCGGCGACCCGCCUCAAAAGCGACGGACACUCUCGGUGCCACAGGUGCUUUCAGUUCCGUUUUCUGCCGCAUCACGUGAACGAAAUUUUCACGUCGCUGUCCCAUAAAACCCCGGAGGUUUCAGAGUACGGGGUCCAGGUGCACCUCCGCUUUUGCUUGGACUACAAGAGCGGCGACCAGGAGGACUGCUACCCGGCCGAUUUGAGCGUGAAGGUGAACGACAAGGUCUGCGCACUGCCAGCGUUGAUUCCUGCGCAGGCGCCCGGCGGUGCGACCGUACACGUACGCCAGCCCGUGAACAUUGUCUCCUACUGCUUCUUGCAUCCCGACAUGAAGAACAGGCUUUCGCUGGACUGGGCGCGCGAACGGGGCCGCGAGUACCUCGUCGGCGUGUUCCUCGUGCGGAAGGAAUCGGCGGCCACGAUUCUUCGGGAACUGCAGGCGAGAGAAGCGCCGAGCACGGUCGCGACCAGAGAGCACAUCACGAAGAAAGUGCAGGAGCGGGCAAGCGGUGGCGACGACAUCGCGGUGACCAGCUUUCGCGUUUCGCUCACUUGCCCGCUGAGCAAGAAGCGGAUGAGCGUCCCGUGCCGAGCGCACGGGUGCAAGCACGUUCAGUGCUUCGAUGCGGCCAGCUACUUGCAGGUGAACGAGACGCGGCCCACGUGGAUCUGUCCCGUCUGCGGUCGGCGGGCCGACUUCUUCUCGCUGUUCGUAGACCAACUUUUUAAGCAGAUUGUCGAGAAGGCACCCGCCAGCUGCGACAGCGUCGUUUUCCGCGCGGACGGUUCCUGGACGCCGUCGGCUUCGCCGGGCGAUGACUACCGAGCGGGCAAAGCCUCGACGACAUCUGCUAGGAGCUCGAAGAGGCGUUCGAUGUCCUCGUCCAACGAGCGUGAUGGGCGGCCCAGCAAGCGCCGUAAGACGACGUUUGUUGAUCUCACAGUGGACGUCAUUGACCUUACCGAACAUAGCGGAAACGAAGCGGAGGGCCGUGGUGGUGGGCAUGACCCUUGUGCGAGUAUCGACCCUUCCCCUCCGCUAGUCGGCGGUGGUUACGUUUCGCCGGCGCCGGAUUGUGUCGAGGUGGUGCAAACGAGUGAAUUUGACAUGCGUAAAAUAAUCAUGUGAAUGGCACCGGCUGCUCCUGUGACGUUGUUUCGAACUCUCCCGCCAACUUCCUGCGUGGCCCGCCUAGUCGCCUGGCGCAGCAGCAGGCGUCUUGUUGUGGAAGCAUCCAUCGAAGUUCAUUUGUACUACAAAGUGAUUGUUUUGGUGCCCCCAAAGGUCCGAGGCUGGUUACUUUUUUUUUCCUUUUGUGAAUAAAACUGGUCGAUUAUUGGGAAUAAAACUGGUCGAAAAUUUGAUGACAAGUUCAAUAAUGCAA